UUCUUGCAUUGAAAAGUCAUAAAAAUGCUUUUUCAUGAAAAAGUUGUCCUCGUAACGGGCGCUUCAUCUGGUAUUGGAGCUGCAAUUGCCGAAUAUUUCGCUAAAAAUGGUGCUUUUGUGGCAAUUACAGGACGUUCUUUGGAAAAUUUAGAAAAAACUAAAGUUUCAUGUAAAAAAGUUUCAUCUCACGAGCCACUUUUGAUCCAAGCUGACGUCACAAAAGACGCUCAACGCAUAAUUUCCGAGACAAUUUCGCAUUUUAAUCGAUUGGAUGUCCUUGUUAACAACGCUGGCGUACUUCGUGGAGGCUCCGUUGAAGCGGCGACACUCGAAGAUUACGAUUACAUGAUGAACACGAACGUUCGAGCCGUUUUUCAUCUUACGACAUUGGCUGUUCCUCAUUUAAUAGCAAGUCAUGGGAAUGUAGUGAACGUUUCAAGUGUCGCUGGAUUGCGCAGUUUUCCCAAUUGCUUGGUUUAUUGCAUGAGUAAGGCAACAAUUGAUCAGAUGACGCGCUGUUGUGCCUUGGAUUUGGCCCAAAAAGGUGUCAGAGUGAAUUCAGUCAACCCCGGGGUAAUAAUUACGGAUAUUCAUAAGCGAGGAGGAAUGGAUGACGAAGCGUAUGAAGCUUAUUUGGAGCAUUCGAAGACGACGCAUGCGAUGGGUCGCGUUGGAAAUGUCGAAGAAGUCGUUGAAGCAGUUGGAUUUUUUGCCUCAAACGAGAAAUCGAGCUUCAUUACGGGAGCUACGUUGCCUAUCGAUGGCGGAAAACACGCAAUGUGUCCUCGUUAAUUGCAUUUAAUCGACGAUCAUUGAAUAUUUUAUCUGAUAAUUGACUUGCUUGUAAAAGUUUCUUGUUCAAUAAAGUUUUCCCUGAAUAAAAAUUUUAA